AUGUCGAAAUAUAGCGAAGCAUCCGCAUCUUAUAGAAUCCCCCCCGUUGUUGACGAGGGCUAUGAGCCCAAGGGCACGUAUAUUGAACUUAACGGUACCAAAACUUACGUGACUGGGCCGGCAGAUUCAGAUAGGGCAAUUUUAGCAGUUUACGAUAUUUUCGGCUUUUUCCCUCAGACGAUCCAAGGAGCAGACAUUCUGGCGUAUGGCGACGCGGACAGGAAAUAUCAGGUGUUUAUGCCCGAUUUCUUUGAGGGUAAUACGGCUGAACUGGAAUGGUACCCGCCAACGGAUGACGACAAGAAGGCAAAGAUAGGCAAGUGGUUUCAGGAGGUUGCUGUGUGGUCGAACCAUAUGCAUAAGGUCCGAGAUUUUCUGGGGGCAGCAGAAGUACACAAUAACAGUAUCAAAUCAUGGGGUAUUGUGGGUUACUGCUGGGGAGGUAAGAUGGCUAGUAUACUUGCCGGCCACGGUAGGGUCCCCUUUAAGGUUGCGGUUCAGACGUCCCCAGGGAUGAUUGACGCAGGGGACGCCGCAAAUGUCAAGAUCCCAACAAUGGUUCUCGCAUCCGGGGACGAGGACGUCGAAGAUGUUAGGAAGUACGAGGAGAACCUUAAGGUCCCGAAACAUGUCGAGAUUUUUAAGGACCAGACACAUGGGUUCAUGAGUGCCCGCGCCAAUCUCAAGGAUGGCAGGGUGAGAGUCGAGUAUGAAAGGGGCUAUAAGCUUGCCUUAGGGUUCUUCCAUGACCAUUUCUGA